AUGCUUAUGACAGGGCACAGUGAUCUUUUAUCGGAAGACAACCCGAGACAUCCGGUUCCUCCACCUCCUUCUUCCUCUCGACCCUUCAACAACGACCCACCGCUCUCAGCAAGUGCACCAGCUUAUCCUAUUCUCAUUACACGUUCUUCCAGUGGUCAUUCUACUUCCAUUCAUCCACAAAAGCAAUCGCUCGAUGCCACCAGCAACGCAUUGAAGAUUAACACCAAUGUCGUGCAACACGAUCGUUCAAUACCAGUGUCGCCCAUUCCUUCCAGCACAACAGCAGCAACGGACGAGACUCAUUUGAUGAAUAAUAUCGAUGACUUUGUUAUCAAGUGCCCUAUUGGCUAUGGCUCAUCUGCUAUUGUCUACAGUGCUAUCUACAAGCCUACGAAUCAGCGUGUGGCUCUCAAAAUGAUCGACUUGGAUAUGUUUGAGCGUAAUCAGAUUGAUGAGUUAAGGAGAGAAACAGCAUUAAUGGCCUUAUCAAGACAUCCCAAUGUACUCCGCGUUCUUGGAUCAUUUGUUGAUGGAUCUAAAUUGUACAUCGUGACCCCCUAUCUUGCAGGAGGCUCUUGUUUGGAUAUCAUAAAGACGCAGUUCCGUGAUGGAUUGGAUGAAAGCAACAUUGCCACUAUUUUGAAACAAGCCUUGGAAGGGUUAGCGUAUCUUCACAGAAAUGGACAUAUUCAUCGCGAUGUCAAGGCUGGGAAUCUAUUGAUGGAUCAUGAUGGCGCUGUGCUUUUGGGUGACUUUGGUGUCUCUGGGUCUCUGUCAGAUUAUGGUGAACGAGGUGUACGCAAGACUUUUGUCGGCACGCCUUGUUGGAUGGCACCUGAAGUGAUGGAGCAAACAGCGUAUGAUUACAAGGCGGACAUUUGGAGCUUUGGUAUCACAUCCAUUGAACUUGCGACUGGUCAUGCUCCCUUUGCAAAACUGCCACCACUCAAAGUUUUGAUGAUGACAUUAUCCAGUGAUCCACCGACUUUGGUACGAGAAACAGCCAAACACAAAUACUCUCGCACAUUCAAGGAUAUGAUUGAUUUGUGUCUCAACAAGGAUCCAUCAAAAAGACCAUCCGCUGAGAAAUUGCUUCAACAUCCAUUCUUCAAGCAAGCUAGACGACGAGACCAUCUUGUGCGUGCGCUUUUGAAUGAUUUACCGCCAUUGGAAAAUCGACCUCGCAAAAAGGUUCCACAAAGAUACCUUUCCAUUAACAAGACCGAGGAAGAAUGGGAUUUUCAAGAACAACCAUCGAGCAAUGAUGAGAAUGAUCCUAGCAGCAGCAAUGAACUUGGUUCAGAUAGCCGAGUGCAGCAGCAACAAGUGAAGCGACAUAUAUCCUUUGGUGACGUUGUGGUCAAAAACCCACCUCAACCUUAUACAGGCACCAAUGGAGGAGAACAACAAGUGGCACCCGAAACUCAAUCCAAGAAAUCACGAUUCACCGUUGAUCAAUCAACAACAACAACAACACCUGUGACACCACCCUCUCAGGAUAGUCCAAUAUUACACCCAAAGGAUACCACCAGCAUUCAACAACAAAACGAUGAUCCGUCUAUGAGAAAAACUCGAUUCAGCAUCAAUCACCAAUUAGUGAAACAAGCAUCAGAACAAUAUUCUCCAUCAUCAUCUAUUGAAUCAACUUUAUCGGAACGGCAUGAUCACCAACAUGGAUGCAGCGACCGGAAAUCAAGAUUCGAAGUCCAUCAUGGAGAUGAUACAACUACAUCAUCAUCGUCGCCACAGUUACCACCCUCAUCCAUAUGCCCAGCUCCUAUGCCCAACUCCAAUCAUGCGCUAUGUCGACAUAGCUCUCAGCCAACUUCGAGUGGGUAUGCAUUGGCUCGUGAAAGCUCUUCCUCUCGCAAAGUGGGGAGGUUCGAAUUGACGACAACAGAUAGCAAUUCUCAUGGAGGUGGUGGGUGUGAUACUACUACAACACAUUACUUGCCGCAUUCUGGUGCUUCAUCAAAUUCAUCGUCAGUAUCGCGUGGUCAAACAUUUAAAUCCGAACCCGAUUCACAAGCAUCGAUGCAUGCCCACGUGGAAGAACUUUUAAGAGCCAAUGACACACAACGACAUGCAUUAGAAGAGUUGGGCAGCAUGCUUGGUUUUCCUAUGCGAACGAAAUCAGGAGUACCUCGAAAGCCUGCAUUGCUCCAUCAUUCAUCGUCAUCCUCCUCAGAAGGACAAGAAAGGAGACGAAGGUCAGCAGAUGAGAUAAUGCUAACUAUGGAAUCAUUGGAGAAUCAGCUUCAAGCAUCAUUGCGUGAGAAUCAAGCUUUAAAGCGAGAGAAUGAAAAUUUGAAAAGAGAAAUCGAUCGUUUACGAGGGUCUACUUAA